AUGGAUAAUCCUAAUUAUUUUGGUAAUAGACAUGAUGAGCAUCUGGGUGUGAACAAGAUUGGAAAAGAUAUCAGGAAAAGCCCACCACCGUAUUUCGCUAAUCCGGCCAUACAACCACCGUACCCUCAGGUCUACACCGUCAACAAAAAUGAUUUCCGAGAUACCGUUCAACGUCUUACUGGUUCACCUUCACACCACCAAGAACCACCUCCUGGACCUCAUCUCCGAAUGCAAAAAGUCCGUCCACCAAGAUUAGCACCUAUAAACGUCUACAGGCCCCAAAUGCCACUUCUCCCGCCUAGACCUGCCGCCCAAUAUGGCCAACCACCACCAAUGACUUCCGGCGACCAUAUGGGGUGGGCAAACAACGCAACAGAGUCUCCUAUCUCAGCUUAUAUGCGUUACCUUCAGCAUUCUGUCUUGGAUUCAGGCCAAAGACCACCACCACCACCUCUUUUUCCUUCUCCAAGAAUGACCGGACCACCACCACUUCUUCCAUCUCCGGUAACAAACCGCCCUCUUAAUCCGCCAUCACCUACUUCUCAGUUCCUUCUGUCAUCACCCUCUGGUUACUUGAAUCUGUUGUCUCCUCUAUCACCUUACCCAUUGCUUUCUCCUGGUUAUCGGUUUCCAACGCCACUCACACAAGAUUUUUCAUUUUCACCGGUGGCGGCUCAAUCAGGAAUCUUUGGUCCUCGGCCACCACCUCCACCUUCGCCGGGCAUGGGCUUUCCAUCACCAGGGUUCUUUCAAUUUUCUAGUCCCAGAUGGAGGGAUUAG